AUGAUCUACACAAGGUGGCAGAUUUGUCAUAACAUUGUUGCAAUUCACACUGCAAACAACACUGUUCUUCAUCAUGUUACAAAGUCAAAUACUUGGAUCACCGACGCGGAGAAGAUCCGUGCUGCGGCAGAGACAAAGGCCAAAGAAGCCUACGAUAAGUUGAAGGUUAAUAAGACUCUGAGUAACAAAAUCGGAGAGAUUGUGACGGCAAAUAACAAGAUUAAAGAUGUUCAUGAGAAGCUUGGAAAGGUUCAUGGAAACUUGGGAGCGUGGAAGCAGCAGGCUGGGACAGUGCUUGGCGGGGCGAUUCAAAAGGCGCAGCAAGUUCAUGAUGCAUUGCAAGAAGAUAAGGCGGAUGGUCAAAAAACAGAGCUUGGCAAAGAAAUUAAGAAAAUUGAAGAUGCUAAAACAGAUAUUUCAAAGGCGAACGAUACCCUUGGUACUGAAGUCACGGCUUUGGAGAGAUGGCACAAGGCGGCGGAAGAGAUUGUUUCCAAGGCGCAGCAUAAGUGUGAGGAGAUAAUGCAGAGAGCUCACAAGGGAAACGGUAAUCAAACUGAAAUAGAGAAGAAUGCUAACAUGUUGAAAGAGAAAGCAACGGCCCUUUUGGGCGCUUACAGCCAGGCGUAUCCUUUAGUUAACAAUUUGACUGAGAAAGUUCAAAAUGCCAUUGGAGAGUUGGAAACCGGCAUGAAACAGGAUUUGGAGAAUAUCAGAAAUAAUAUUGUGAGCAAGAUGAAGAGUCAUGUUGGGGAGAUGCUUAAGGAUAUUAAGGAGAAAGUGAAGGGGAUUAAGGGGACUGAAGGGACAAAGGGGAAGGAUGAUAAAUGGACGAAUGGCACAGGUAUCUUGGGAAUCUCCAGCGCUGUACAUAAUUAUGCCACGGAGUUCAGCGAGGGGUGGAGCUUUAAAAGAAUAGUCGGCGGAUGGGCGGAGGGUAUUUUGGGUAGUAAUGAGAAUCACAAUAAGAAAGAGCCUAAGAAGUGGCUUGAGAAGUAUGUCGACGAGAAGGGUGGGAAUGGGAAAGAAGCGGUGAACUUGCUGAAUGGUACUAUACGUGGGUUUUCAUGGAGUAAAAAAAUUAUCGAGCAGAUUAAGACGAAGCUUCAUAGUGAAAUUGAGGCAGGCAGAACGCAGGUCCAGCAAACUGAUGGCCAAAUCACGCAAACCAUUACAUCUGUCAAAAAUGCAUGUGAGGCAUUUGUUAGUGGGCUUGAUGAGAAACUAGCGUCCGAUGGAAUUCAGAAGCUUGCCGACCAGAUAUUCGAGGGUAUUGCAAAGGGGCCCCGAUGGAAGCACGCCGGAGGCAAGUACAGGCUGCAAAACGAAAUUAAACUCGUCACACAAGCCGCGUUAAUUGGUCUCUCCGCUACUGCCAGCCAGGUUGGCAAAGAGCUCAAUUCGGUGCUACUCGGAGACGGCACUGGGGGCAUAAAUAUCGCAAGCGAACUGGAUAAAGCCAAAAAGGCAACUGAAGAACUUCAUGAGAAUCUCGGAGAAGCGCAAGCCGCGACAAGGAACCCCCCCGCAUCUCCCAGCCAAGGCACCAAUAAAAUUCUGGAGAAAGUGAACGAGAUUGAGGAGCAAGUUAAAAUGGCGAUGAAACAAAAAGGCAACGAUAUAGAGGUUGAAGAAACAAUGACGUCCUAUAAAGAAAAGAGAGAAAAACCAGCAAAUGAUAAAGAUGGCCUCUACAAGAAGCUGACUGAACAAGACAUCCCCCAGGCGAUGGAGCCUUUCACAACGGAGGCUAAACUCAAGGACCCAAAAGAGGUCUCCAGUCAAAAACAAGCCGUCAACUCCGCCCUCGAAAAAAUCACCCAAGAACUCCAAGUCAUCGCCUACCAUGUUAAUAAGGAUAAUAAGUGGCCAGAUGGGCAGCAGAAACCACAACCAGAGGACCCACUUGGCAUCAAGCAGCACCUAAAGAAAUUGCAAGAUGCUCUUGACAAGAACGGAUUGGAUGGCGCAGCAGAAAAAGGCCUCGAGGCGAUCAAAACGGCGAUUGGAAGAUUGCAAUCCGGUGAGUUCACUACCCAACCCGCUGCGAUUGGUACAGCCGUCAAAGCAAUUAAGGCGCAGCUUAGAGAGCUUAGGAAGAAGUUGAAGAAUAAGAGCGGCAAGCCGGAAGAUGGUGUCAUAAACGUUCUAGAAGAUUUGCAAAAAGUUGGUCUCGAACAAAAUACUUGGACACCGAUUAAUGGUAAAGGUCAAAAAGUCAGUGGUCUUGGGAAAAUCCAAGAGGACCUUAAAGAGCAGAAUGAGAUAUUACCCGGACAAACAAAGGUCAUAAAUGAUGCCAUACUUGAAAUUAGGGGUGAACUUGCCAGGAUCGGAAUUGCGUUGAAACAUGAUUACAUCACUGAUGAUCUCACAGACGAGUUGACAUGGUUGGGAAAAACAAUUGGAAAAAACAAUCCCAGGGAUGGAACUGUUCAACGGAUUCAUGAUGAGAUUAAAAAGCUGCAAAAGGAGCAAUUUACUAAUAAACCCAGAGUAAUCGAUGAAGCCAACUCAGCAAUUAAAGCAGAACUCACUGCCCUUCAAGGUGAGUUGCAAGGCAAUCCAGGCAGUGAUGUCAUUGCAACACUGAAAGAUUUGAAGAACACUGGGCUAAGUGGAAAUUCAUGGAUAAAAGAUCCGAAUAAAAAAGGCCUCGCAAAAAUUCAUACUGACCUUAGCACUCAACAAAACACGUUGGAGCAACAACCCGGCAAAAUCGGCGGUGGCGUCACCCAAAUCACCAAUGAGCUUAACAGCCUUAGAGGGACGUUGUACACUGAAGUCACCGAAAAGCUGCAGAAGCUGAAAAACCAUGGCCUUAAUGACGGUAAUACACCGUGGACAAUUGAAGGUAAAACCUUAAAUGGUAUCCAAAAAACCACCGCAGACAUCGAGGCCAUAAAAACAGAGAACGUUAAGGACGUGAAGGAUUGUCUCAGGGCUUUGUGCGCGGCGAUCAGACCCUUAUGCAGGGAGCUGAAAUAUAUGUUGAAUUACAUGAAAGAUAAUAUGAUUGGCAAUUGGCUGAAGAAAAUUAGAGAUGAUCUUGGCCAGUUGCAGAGCAAUCUUCUGAGUGGUCCCAUUCAAGAGGCGCAGCACUUUCUCAAAAAAACCGUCGGAUACGCCGACACAGCAGGCAGACAAAUAAUCCGUGACCUCCACGCAUUCGUCGACAAGGAGAUCAAAGAAGCCGAAGAGACAUUGAUCAGGGAGGCACGCCGACAAUAUCUCUCCAACAUCAAGGAGCUUUUGAAGCUGUUCGCCCAAAAGGUGGAAGAGGAAUUAAGUCCCUUGCCUCCGUUAAUAAACGGGGAUCUCCAAAUAGGGUACAAAGGGUUAAUGAGGCAGGUUGAAGGGAAGCCGGAGACUCAAGUUGCAGGUGCACAAGGGGAAUUUGAGAAGUUCGAAGAGUUUGUGAGGACUUUGCCAUCUGAGUCGAAGGAGAGAGUGUUCAAAAAAUUGGCCGCAGUGUUCAUGCACUUUUACGGCGAGAUUAAAGCGUACGUCCACAAAGAGAUCAGGAGAGAGCACAAGGAGGAAGGCAAGAAGAAAAACCCUGUGCCCCAAGAACCGGAAACGCUCUACACUGACAAACUUGUAAGAGUCACACUCUCAUUGAAUGCGUUACUUGAAUACAUUAGAACUGAGGAUACCUUCGACCACCGACUCCAUGCGCUGCUCCGCAGCCUCACCGACGCGCUGAGUCACCUGCGACCUGAGAGCUUCGCCAGGCCCUCGAGUCCCGUGCUGGACGGUCUGGCGGAGGGGCUCACAAAGUUCGCCGCCGAGUUCACAUGUGCGUACGUCUCCACCUACGCCGGCGCACAGUUCACCGCCGACUUGGUAGAAAAUGAGACUUUAACUGAGACCGUAAGAUCCCAAGGCACAAAGUCCGUCACCGUCAGAAACGUUACAAAGCUGACGCCAUACGGCGCCAUGUGCGCCAAGGUGUUCCUCACCACGCUGCCCACACUGUGCGACGCCUUUACCAGGCUGGCGGAGCAGUGCGGCAAAGGCGGCAAGUGGAGGGAUCUGAGCAUUAAUUCAAGCAGUGAACUCGGCACUUUCCUCCAGCGCUCCGGCUACAAGGUCUCCACCUCUCCCUUUGACCAGGACGGCGAGCUGCGCGACGAGUGCAACGGCCGCGACGUGUAUGUCCUGGUCACCCAGAACAUUAAGGAGACCCAUGACAACGAACACCUCAAAAAAUGCCUGUCCCUCACACACGCCUGUAAUCUCUUACAGCUCCUCAAAUGCCUCUGCACGCACCUCACUGAGUACUACAGGACGUGCCACCUCAAGGUGCAUCCCUCACCCCGGCCGCCGUGCUCCAUCUACGAGAUGCUCACAUGGUGCUGCGGGCUUACGUACAACGCCGUGUACCUGGGCCUCAACUCCGAAGCGCUGCCCUCGCUGUUCGAGGCGCCGGAUAGGAAGGACUCUGCGGACUCCGGAGUGUCCCUCACUGACCUCGGCAGCCUGGCGCUUAAGGCCCACCCGCAGAGCAUAACACCGGCGUCCCUCACCGACGCACUCACAGAGGUGUGCCAUAAAUCGCAUACUGUGCUCACCACGUUACUAGGCUUCGGCCACGCAGGUGGCAUCUACGCCGUUGACUUCAACACCAACCCCGGAGGCCUGCUCUACCCCGGCGACGCGGACGAUUUAAUGUGCCUGUUCUAUGACGUCCUCAAACGCCUCCACCACCAGCUCCAUUUCCUCUACCGCCGGUGCCUCUACAACACCAGGCACGGCGGAUGGCUCGACUGCUGGUACGGCCAAGGUGUCGGUGGCUCCAGUUGGAAGUGCAACACCAUGCAGUGUGCCAACCAAAUGUGUGACCAACAGUGCAACCAAACACACAACCAAAUAUGUAACCAACGCUGUGACCAACAUCCCAAGUGCGGCGUCAAGUCGCCGCUCCAGUCGUUCCUCGAGGACGGCCUGGUGGGCUUCCUGCCGCACGCUGUUACACCCAUGGACACCUGUGUCAGGUGCCCCGGCUGUGACACUACGUCGCCCGGCCUGCCGUGCAAGACGCCCAUGGGCCUCUCCAACAUCACCAGGCUGGCCUCCCGUGCCUCCCAAGGCCGAAGCAUCAUGGACGUCCUCGGCGCCUUCUGCGGCGGCGCAUCGUCGCCCCUCACCAGGCUCUGCAGCUCCCUGACUUGCCUCUUCACUCGCCCGCCACGGACGCCAGACGAACUGUUCGCUUUCUUCUACCAGUUCAUAUGUGACUGGCGUAGCAGCGGCGAGCACCGUAAGGCGGCCUUCGAGGACGCCGUCGGCGCUGCGUCCUUCUGGCAGCGGGGCGUGACACUGGACGUCAGUACAAUCUUCGGUACCAGUGACCAUGGCAUUGCUACAAAUAUGCCUCACCUCACCGGAGAUCUCUUCUCACUCGUACAGUGCAACGGCACUCCACUAUCUCCAGCAUCACACCCCUGCGGCCCAUACCUCAAGCCCCUCGGCCACGACGUGAGUGCCUACUUCGCCAAGGAGCAUGCCCGCCUCUACCUCUCGUGGGUAGUUUACCUCACGGAGACCUUUUACGACAUCCUCUGUUCACUGCUCCAGGACUGCGAGCGCACCUGCGCCGACGCCACAUCCACCUGCCACGCCAGGAGCUGCGCCGACUGCACAGCCAAGCGUCUUCCCAUGGCCCCGAGCUCCAAUCACACUGCCGACUGCCCUUCCAUCGUGGACUGCGACUCCACCACGCCCACGCUCUUCAGGUACGGCUUCGUGCACAGGGACGCCCACAGCCUCGCCGGCUCCACCAGCGGCCAACAGUCCAAGCGCACCUGCGAGGAUUUCUGCACAGCACUGCAAGUCGCCGUCAAGGAAUUGAACCCUCUCCACAAGCUGGCGCAUGAGACAAUCCCCGAGUACCUCUAUCGCAUCCGUGCCCCCUUCCUCUUCACCCUGUUCACACUCUGGCUCACUGCCACGUUCUAUAUCCUCCACUCACUCCUCUACCGCAUGGACGUCCUGCGCCUCCGCUCGCACCUUCUCACCACCAGGGCCUCCCACCUCAUCGACGUCAAGGCUUUGCUCGCCGGCAGCCGCAGGAUGCUCUCACUUUACAAGGACGUCGACUACUUCGACGACGACUUUCACUCGUGA